AUGAAAAAACUGGCACGCUUUCACUUCUGGUGGCCAGGCUUAGACAAAGACAUCAAAAGGACCGCGAGUAGUUGCAAAACAUGCCUGGAGAAGGGCAAAGCGCCGCCACACGCGCCGUUAACCCCAUGGCCAUGGCCGGCGAACUCAUGGUCAAGACUGCACACGGAUUUUCUCGGGCCACUCUUCGGGCAAAUGUACAUGAUUAUAAUCGAUGCGCACUCUAAGUGGCACGAGAUAGUACGAAUGGGGUCAAACAUGAAAGCGUACAAGGUAAUAGAGAUAUUCAAAGCACUAUUUGUGAGAUUCGGGCUACCACAUCACGUGGUGAGCGACAAUGGGCCCCAAUACAGAAGCGAGAUGUUGCAGGCUUUUCUAAGGGAGAAUGGGAUUAAGCAGAGUUUCGCUGCCCCGAAUCACCCGGCGACGAACGGAGUAGAAGAGAAUUUUGUAGGAACCUUUAAGGAUAAGGUCACAAAAAUUGUAAAAUCGGGAAAAACAGUAGAGAUAGCGGUGUAA